GGAGGAAGAGAGAGAGAGAGGGAUUCAUCGCAUCCACUUCAUGUUACAGCCUUCAUAAAGGAGAGAUUUUUAUCCUCGGUCCCUUCUUCUUCUUCUUCUUCGGAAUGAGGAGGUUCGCCACCACUCUCGUCCUCGUCUCUCUUUGCUUCUUCUUCGUCUUCCCCUGUUGUCGGGCGCAGAGGGGGAGGCCGCGGUUGCUGGAGCGGUUCGCGCGGCCCGGCAACCGCGCGCGGGCGUACCAGUACGAGGAACGCUACUUCCGGCAGUCGCUGGACCACUUCAGCUUCGCCGACCUCCCGCCCUUCGACCAGCGCUACCUCAUCGCAAACACCGGCGCGUGGGCCCGCCCCGCUGGCCCCAUCUUCUUCUACUGCGGCAACGAGGGCGACAUCGAGUGGUUCGCUGAUAACACCGGCUUCGUCUGGGACAUCGCCCCCCGCUUCUCCGCCCUCGUCGUCUUCGCCGAGCACCGGUACUAUGGGAAGUCAAUGCCCUAUGGCAGUCAAGAAAAAGCAUACAAGAAUGCGGAGUCUUUGUCUUACCUUACAACUGAGCAAGCACUUGCCGACUUUUCAGCAUUGCUUACCGACCUGAAACGUAAUUUGUCAUCAGAAGAAAGCCCAGUGGUCUUAUUUGGUGGUUCCUAUGGGGGAAUGUUGGCUGCUUGGAUGAGGCUGAAGUACCCGCAUAUUGCCAUAGGUGCACUUGCUUCCUCUGCCCCCAUUCUUCAGUUUGAAGACAUCGUUCCACCUGAUACAUUCUAUGAUCUCGUCUCCAACGAUUUUAAACGUGAAAGUUUGAGCUGCUUUGAAGCUAUAAAGGAGUCUUGGAAGGUACUUGAAACUCAAGGGGAGGAUAAUGAUGGUCUGCUCAAACUCAGCAGAGAUUUUCGCUUGUGCCAGAACCUCAACAAUACUGAGGAACUUUCAGACUGGUUGAGUUCUGCCUACAGCUAUCUUGCUAUGGUGGACUACCCAUACCCUUCUGACUUUAUGAUGCCAUUGCCUGCAAACCCAAUAAAGGAGGUAUGCAGAAAAAUUGAUAAUUAUCUUGAUGGAACUACUGUCUUGGAACGCAUUUUCGCUGGAGUAAGCAUCUAUUACAACUACACAGGAAAUGUCGAUUGCUUUGACUUGGAGGAUGACCCUCAUGGUUUGAGUGGUUGGAACUGGCAGGCUUGCACGGAGAUGGUUAUGCCUAUGUCGAGCAGCCAAGAGAAUAGCAUGUUUCCAGCAUAUGAUUUUGAUUAUGCUGCAUAUCAAGAUCAGUGUUUACAGGAUUAUGGUGUCAGACCAAGGCCUCGAUGGAUCACAACUGAAUUUGGGGGUCACGAUAUUAAGACGGCAUUGAAGAAAUUUGGCAGUAACAUCAUCUUCUCAAAUGGAUUAUUGGAUCCUUGGAGUGGUGGCAGUGUUUUGCAGAACGUAUCCGAGAGUAUCAUAGCACUUGUAACCGAGCUAGGGGCGCAUCAUAUCGAUCUGCGUGCUUCAACCAAGGAGGAUCCUGACUGGUUAGUGGAACAGAGGAAUACAGAAAUCAAUCUUAUCAAAGGUUGGCUAUAUGAUUAUUAUCAGGAGAAAGCAUCCUACUAUAUAUUGUAGUUCCAAUGAUCUCUAAAACUUAUAAAAGAACUGAAACGGCCACGACGUCACCGUCUACAUGAUGUCACUGUAGACUUUGUUAGACUGCAUGCAGUGUAACCAAUAAAGUGACAUUUAGUUUGUUCCUGUC